AGUGCAGGGUGCAGCUGGAGAUGUAGAGCGCCCGGGGUAAGCAGCAGGACAACGUUAAAUAUGGACGGCCUCUUGGUGGGACUGGUGCUGGCGUCCGUCUCCUUUCUCUGAGCAAUUCUGUAAAUGAUGAGCCAGUUCUCUCGGUCCGCCGCUCUCCUGCUCUGCUUACUGGGCUGUAAUGUGUGGAAAGCGGUCACCAAAACCUUACGCGAUCAGCGUGCACAAGAGGUGACAUUAAAAGUCCAUGUCAGUGAUUCAAGUACACAUCAGCCCUUGGGUAAAGCCUUCAUUGAGAUUUUCGCCAACCAGACCUCAUUUGCCUCGGGAUAUUCAGAAGCCGAUGGGGUAGCCUUCAUCACGUUCCGCUACACCCUUGGAGUUCAGCUUCUCAUUGCUGCAUCAAAAAGUGGCUACGUCCCAAACUCCUCACCAUGGCUAGCCACUAAACUGCCCUUGUUUUCAUCUGUGAGCUUGCUUCUCCAACCUGAACGGUCAGCAACACUAAUGGUGUAUGAAGACGUCGUUCAGAUUGUCUCUGGAUUUCAGGGUGCUCUAAUUCAGCCUCGAAUCCAGUUCCAGAGAAGGUCUCUCAACUUGCCAAAGAAGUCAAACUAUAGAAAUUUGGUAGCUUUUCUUACAGUAGCUACCACCCCUUGGGAAGUAGGUAAUUUCCCAUAUCUACAAGGAAUUGAUGUAAAUCAAACAGGUGCUUGGCUGAAGAGUGGAUUGGGCCUUGUACAAAGAGAAGGCGACUAUCUCACUUGGACAUACUUCGCUCCACAGUUGGGUUACUGGGUUGCAGCUAUGUCCCCUCAAAGCCCAGGUAAUAUGGGUUCUGUUGGAGCCAGUGACAUCACUGUCUAUCAUACAGCCUUCCUGUUGGCCAUUCUUGGAGGAAUGACUGUCAUUCUGCUGGUCCUGCUUUGUUUACUCAUCUAUUAUUGCAGGAGAAAAUGUUUAAAGCCCCGUCAGCACCAUAGAAAAAUUCAGCUGUCCUCUGCACUAGACAGUUCUAAGAAAGACCAAGCAACAUCCAUGUCUCACCUCAACUUAAUCAGUGCAGUCCACAUGGAAUUGGUAUCAUCCAAUGGAGAGGCAGAUGUACAUACACCAAUGCUGAAGCCCUCAUACAGUACUUCACGAGAAUUCAGUUCUAGAGAAGAAUUAAUUUCACACAAAGACCCAUCUUUAAGAGAGACCUUAAAGGAGGAAUAUUGUCAAUCUCCUCCUCGAAACUAUCACCUCAAAAUGGCAAGAUCCAUUGAUGUUACUGAAGAUUUUGAACCUCCUGCGAGAGAAGACUAUAGAAAGAGCUACAAUUCCGUUGUUUCCCAGCCACUACUGGAUAAACGAGAUAAAGAAGUUCAGGCUUCAAUAAGACUUCUUUCCACAGACAGUAAAAGUAGUAUCCAAGAGCCAGACUAUCAACUAUCAUAUGUUCCUGACAAAGCACAAAAAGUGGACAGAAAGGCAACUGAUUACAUGAUGUCCCGGUCAGUUGACCAUCUUGAAAGACCAACCUCUUUUCCACAGCCAGGCCAGUUGCUCUGUUGCAGUUCAGCAGAUGAAGUGAAUGACAAUGUUUAUAGAAAAGUACUACCUACGUUAGUUAUUCCUGCCCAUUAUAUGAAAUUGCCCAUGGAAUAUCAGUCCAUGGGGCAGCCUUUAACUGCCCCUGCAGAACAACAGCUGGAGUUUGAAAGAUUACAAGCAGAGCUUUCUAUUUCUCACCAACAGAUGCAUCCUCAUUCUCAACAACAACAGCAAGUGACACCACAAACUUUAUCACAGCAGCAACUUCAGGAAACAGAAGGUGGAGACUGGAGUCCCCAGUCAUCCACCAUGUCAGAAUCUGUAUCCAUCCCAGCAUCACUAAGCGAAGCAGCAAUGGCUCAGAUGAAUAGUGAAGUCCAACUCUUUGCAGAAAAAGCACUGCUAGAAAUAACAGGAGGAAAGCCUCUCCCUCACCCCAGAGCUUGGUUUGUGUCCUUAGAUGGCCGUGCAAAUGCCCAGGUUAGGCAUUCUUACAUUGACUUGCAGAAAGCUGGCAAAAAUGGGAGCAACGAUGCAAGUUUGGAUUCUGGCGUGGACAUGAAUGAACCAAAACCUUCCCGAAAGGGAAAAGAAGCAAGAGAACAGAAUCUUUCUGGCAGUAUGACGUACACUAGGCUGGUGUAUGUGGAUGACAUGGAACAGAGCGGUAGUGAAAGUGGUACCGCUGUCUGUAGCCCAGAGGACACCUCGAUGAAACCACUAAUGGACGGGUCAGCUGAAAGAGAUAGUCGCACAACAUUAGGAUUACAGAAUGAAAACAUCCAGCGAAUUGAAGAACUUGAGGAGUGUCUUCCAACUAGUCCACGACACACAGAGACUGCUGAAACUGAUGAAAAGAUAAUGAAUAAUGAAAAUGACCGUAUUAAUGACAAUGAUCAAAUCAAUGAGAAUGAUGACACUGACAGCACUGAAGACCAAGACGAGGAUAAAAAAAGCCCUUGGCAGAAACGGGAGGAAAGACCUUUAAUGGCUUUUAAUUUGAAGUGAUCAUUUACAGGUUUACUCUCAUUGGAGUUAAAAUAAAGUUGCCAAAUAUGUUAUGAAAGCGUGUGUUCAGUUGUGGGAAUUUGAGAUAAUGAAAGAGGGAGAAGACAUAAAUAUAUUUGAAAGGAGCUGUGAAUGCUGUGCUGAUGUUUCAGACAUUGUAGGGAAAGUGCUCAGAGAGCUUUCUGAACAAUUGUUGCUUGAAUGAAGGCCAGUGAGACAGCUGGAUGAUUAAAGAAAGAUAAUGUCUUCAAAUUUAUUUUUGCCAUAAAUGACCUAUUGUAUGAAAUAAUCAGUUCCAUGCCAGAUAUUUUACCUAAAUAUCCAAACAGUGGCAGUGGUUGACAGAUUGUGAUUUAUUUGCCAGAAUUAUACUGUAAUAGUGUAUAAAAGGGCAUCACGCUGUGUCCACGGUUAUAAAAUAUUUGAAAGAAAGGCUAUGCAUUGCUGCUUUUAAAAUUAUGUUGCUUAACUCACUUGUCAUGUCUAAUAUCUGUUGUAAACUAUUUUUGUUAAGAUCGCUUAUUCUAUUAGAUUCAAUAUUGUUAGAGCAUUUAGCUACCAGUAUGCUGUGAAUGACAACACUCAGUGAUGGCAGAAGCCACUGAUUAAAACCAAACUGUCCUCUUUAUUAAAAAAAAAUCUGGUCCGGUAUUCUCCAAGUGCCUUCAUGUUUUCCACUUAACAAACCCUAUUUCAAUAGUUCUUGUCUCUGGACUCUUGAAAUUCUGCUUUUCAUAAUUGUCAGUUUUUUGACAGUUCUAUAUUGAUUUGCAUGCAAUUAUCAACCAGUUGUGCUUUUAUGUCAUGCUUAAAUUGCAACAGUAUAUUGUAGAUAGUAAUGUGUAUUGUAUUACUGGUUUGCUGUUGAACUACAGAUAGACUAGAGAACUUUUACAGAGACAUGAAAAAAGUAGCCAUGAAUGGAUGUUCUGUAUAUAUUGUAUGUUUGGCUGCAGUUGAAUAUUUUAAUUGCUAGCAUUUCCAAUGUCUUUCCAAUCUGGGAUAAUUGAGUGGUCAAGACUGAAUGAUCAAUGUGUUCAAACCAACAUGUUAUCCUUCUGUGUCAUUUUACAGUACAAGGAUUUCUUUUCUGUACAAUCAUUUGGAUUGGUUGCUUGUUUCUACAAGGCUAAUUAUUCAAAAUAAAUCUUGGGUAAAAGCUGAA